AUGGAAAUUUGUAAAAUGAUAGAAAAUUAAUAGAUGCAUAUAAAUCAUUUAUUUUAUGUUUGCAUUUAAAUUAAAAUGAAGAUGAAUUAAUAUCUGGAAGUGGAGAUUUUACUAUUAAGAUAUGGAAAGUGGAAUGCAAAUCAUAUAAAAUUUAGUUCUUAUAUUCCCUUAACAAACAUGAAGGCUAUGUUGAUAAAGUAAACCUAAAUUCAAAAGAAACUUAAAUGGUAUCUUGUGGAUGGGAUUAAAAAAUUAUUUUAUGGAAAAAGGAUGGAAAUAAUAAGUGGUAAUUUAAAUAUAUUGUUAAAUAAUCAAAUCAAGACUUUGGAUUGAGAAUCUGUUUUUUAUCAGAUACUAUUGUUUGGUGUUAAUAUAAAUAACUAUUUUUACAUGUUUUCAAAUUGUAAAAUGGAACAUUUUAAGAAAGGUCAGAUCUGAAAGUUUAAUUAAAAGAAAUUAUUACUGAAAAUAACUAUAUAGGCUUCAAUCUAUUUUAGUUAAAAUAUUUAGAAUAAUAAAAAGUCUUAAUAUUUAAGUCUUAUAGAUAUAUAUACUUUAUGAAAGUAAGUUUAAAUUCAAAUUUAAUGUUUGUUUGUGAUCCUAUUGAUUGUUAAUCAAUUGAAUGUUAUAGUAAUAUAACUAAUAAUGGAAGAUAUUUUGUAAUUUGGAAUAAAAAGACAUUUUAAUUUUAAAUUCAUGAAAUUUAUUAUAAAUGA